AUGUCUCCAUCACCCCAAUCUCCCCUAUUCCAACCCCUCCGCAUCGGCACCGUCACCCUAAACCACCGCGUCAUAAUGGCGCCCCUAACCCGCCUCCGCGCCUCCGCCCAACACACCCCCCUCCCCAUCGCAAAAACAUACUACGAACAGCGCGCCUCCGUCCCAGGAACCCUCCUCAUCAGCGAAGCAACCAUCAUCUCCCCGCAACACGGCGGGUACCCGCACGCACCCGGGAUCUGGAACGAGUCGCAGAUCGCCGCGUGGAAGGAGAUCACUGACGCCGUGCACGCCAAGGGCAGCUUUAUCUUCUGCCAGUUUGUGGCGGUUGGACGCGUUGCGGAUCCUGCGACGCUGAAGGGGGAUGGUGGGUUUGAGGUUCGGGGUGCGAGUCCUAUCCCGUUGAACGCUGAGGAUGGGUAUGGGGCUGUUCCUAAGGAACUCAGUGAAGAAGAGAUCCAGGGCUGUAUUGCGGAUUUUGCCACAGCCGGGAAGAACGCCAUUGCUGCUGGCUUUGAUGGCGUGGAGGUCCACGGGGCGAACGGCUACCUUGUUGAUCAGUUCCUGCAGGAUAUGACGAACCAGCGAAGCGAUGGAUAUGGUGGGAGCAUCGAGAACCGCGCGCGGUUUGGGAUUGAAGUCGCUCAAGCCCUCGUCGACGCGAUCGGUGCUGAGCGCGUGGGCUUCCGACUUAGUCCGUGGAAUACGUGGCAGGGGAUGAAGAUGGCGGACCCGAUCCCGCAAUUCAGCUAUAUCACGCGCAAGCUGAAGGAGAUGGGGCUUGCGUAUCUGCAUGUGAUUGAGUCGCGGGUGAUCAAUAACGUUGAUUGUGAGAAGACGGAGGGGAUUGAGUUCAUGCUUGAGAUUUGGGGGCGGACGAGUCCGGUUUUAGUGGCUGGGGGGUAUAAUGCGGAGAACUGUCAUGCUGCGUUUGAGGAGUAUAAGGGGUGUGAUGUGGGUGUUGUCUUUGGGAGGCAUUUCAUUGCGAACCCUGAUUUGCCGUUUAGGAUAAAGGAGGGGAUUCCGUUGAAUAAGUAUGACCGUGCGAGUUUCUAUGCGAUGAUGCAGGAGCAGGGAUACAUUGAUUAUCCGUUCAGAAUCGGCCGCGCAACAGCCAUCGCCUUCGCCGCAUCCGGCUGUACACGCAUCGCAAUAACCGACCUCCCAAACACAGGGCUCGACGAAACCCAGCAUCAGAUCCAAUCCGCAACAUCCAACAACGUCAACAUCCUCUCCUACCCCGGCGACAUCAGCGACGAGUCCUUCGUAACCGCCUUCAUCGAAGAAGCCUCCAAAACAUUCCCCCGCCUCGACUACGUGAUCAACUGCGCCGGCGUCCUGCAGAAAGAAUUCCUCCGCUCCACAGACGUAACCGCCGACCAAUUCGACCGCAUCAACGGGAUAAAUUACCGCGGGACAUGGCUCGUUUCGCGCGCGGCGUUGCGCAAAAUGGUAUCCCAGACGCCUGUCUCCGAUGGCGCGGAGACCUGGAGACCGCAGACGCGCGGGGCAAUCGUCAACAUCGCCAGCCAGCUGGGCGUUGUCUCGCGCGCCGGUGCAGCGGCGUACUGUGCGUCGAAGGCGGCGAUUAUCGGACUGACCCGCGCCGACGCGAUUGAUUUUAGUAAGGAUCUGAUCCGGGUUAAUUGUGUGUGUCCUGGCGUGAUUGAUACGAAUAUGACGACUAAGGAUGAGGAGACGAGGAGGGCUUUGGAGCCGGCGGUGCAGAUUGCCCCGAUGGGGAGGAUGGGGGAUCCCAGGGAGGUUGCGGAUGCGGUGCUUUUUCUAGCCUCGAACAAGGCGAGCUUUGUGCAGGGGCAUGCGAUGGUUGUUGAUGGGGGGUAUGUUAUUAAUUGA